CGCACUGAACGAAACUAAAUCAAAAUGUUCCGACAGCUGCUCAUAUUUUUACCAUUAAUCGCAGUUACAUUGGCAGCAAGUCUUGGCUAUGAUCCCUAUAUUGAUCUGCCACACUUAAAACCUGUUAAAACUUCUGCAGAACGUAUAGAGGAACACGGUUAUCCAGCGGAAUCACAUUUCGUAGAAACUAAAGAUGGUUAUGUGUUGAAUAUGUUUCGUAUACCAUACUCCCCAAAAUUGAAUAACAAAGAUAAGCCUAAGCCAGUUGUAUUUAUAAUGCAUGGACAAUUCAGUUGUUCCGACUGUUAUUUACUAAAUGGUCCUGAUAAUGCUUUGGCUUAUAAUUUUGCUGAUGAAAAUUACGAUGUUUGGUUAGGUAAUGCACGUGGAAAUAUUUAUUGCCGCAACAAUACAAAAAUAUCACUAAACCAUCCAAAAUUCUGGGAAUUUAGUUGGCAUGAAAUUGGUAACAUUGAUGUACCCACUAUGAUCGAUUAUAUACUGGAUUUGACAGGAGAAAGUAAAAUUCAUUAUGUUGGCCACUCACAGGGUACAACUGUAUUCUUUGUUAUGACAUCCACCAGACCAGAAUAUAAUGACAAAAUAAAAACAGCUCAUAUGAUGGCACCGCCCAUUUUUAUGGGAAACUGUACUGAUGAUCUUGUGGUUCUAUUAUCUCCAUAUGUAGGUACACCAGGUGUUGGUGCUAACUUACUAGGCAAUCAGCAAUUUGUGCCAAGUAACCCUUUCAUUCAACGUAUAUUAGAUACUGCUUGUGGUGGAGAUCCUACAUUUCCAGAGUAUUGCCAAACAUUAUUCUUAUUGUGGGCUGGCACUGAACAAGUUAAUCUAAAUGUGACUUUAUUACCACAAGUUGCAGAAACGCAUCCAGCUGGUAUAUCUACGAAUCAGGGCAUACAUUAUAUACAGGAAUCUGUGUCAAAUCAUUUUAGACAAUUUGAUCAUGGUCCGAAAAAGAAUCUUAAACGCUAUGGUCAAGAAGUUCCACCAGAUUAUAAUUUGCAAAAUAUUGUCGUAGAUAUGUAUAUAUAUUAUGGAUUAGCAGAUACUUCAGCUAAUGCUAAGGAUAUUCAGCGACUUCCAGAACAUUUGUCAAAUAUAAAACAUUUUUACGAAGUACCUAAUCCUACAUGGGGCCAUUUAGAUUUUAUAUUCGCUAAUCAAGUAAAGGAAGAAAUGAACGAUAAAAUAAUAAAUUUCUGUAAUAAGUACGAGCAAGUCGAAGCAAAUUUAUAA